CCGCCGCCGCGCUCCCCCGCCGGCUCGCCCGCGCACAGACACGCAGACUUCGACUUCAACAAGUCUAACACGAUCAACAGCCCGGCGACCGGCAGCGGCGGCGCCUCGUCGUCGUCGGGCGCCUCCUCGUGCGGCGCCUCGCCCGCCGACCCCGCGCCCGGCCCCCCGCGCCCCGAGCCCGAGCUGCGCCACGCGCCCUGGUUCCAGCAGGGCAUCCCCCGAGAGAUAGCGCUGGAGGUGCUGGGCGCGCAGGGCGUCGGCGCGUUCCUGGUGCGCGCGUCCACCACGCAGCGCGGCUGCCUGGCGCUGUCGCUGCGCGUGCCGCGGGACUUCGCGCACCACGGCAUCGCGCACUACCUCAUCCUGCGCACGCCCAAGGGCUACAAGAUAAAGGGCUUCACGAAGGAGUUCGCUUCGCUGUCGGCGCUGGUGACGCACCACAGCGUGAUGCCGGAGCUGCUGCCCGUGCCGCUGCGUCUGCCCCGCGCGCCCCGCGCCCCGCGCCCCGACCUCGAGCCCCUCGAGCGCCUUGCGCCCGCACCCCGCGCCGCACACCCCGCGCACCCCGCGCACCCCGCGCACCCCACGCACCCCGCGCACCCCGCGCGCCCCGCGCACCAGCAUCGCGCUCCGCUCGACGUGUGA